AUGAACCCUGCGACGAGGCCGAGCGCCGAACCAAAGGACUCUUCUCACAAGCAGUCUGUCAGAUACACAGCAGAAACCGGGCCCGCACGCGCCCCGAAAAGAGAGCGUGCUUACUGGCUAGCGAACGUACACGUUCGACACGCGACCAUCGGCGUCGGUCCCACGACCUCUCCCAUGCUGGUUGGAGGAACAGAAGCCGGACACAGUCAGAAGCCAAGAACACUGCGCAGGCACCCGCCGCCCGAUGCGCUCCUCAGCGCGCGUCGUUCGAAACCUUACCUCUCCACACACCCCUUCGCUCAUUCAUCGCACGAAGGGCAUCUCGAAAAGAUGCCACGGCGACGCGACCCUCGCAACACACCCUGGCGGUCCCGUGGACGGUCCCUGUCCAUUCCCACAUCGAGUUCUUCCCGAGACGCGGAAGCGCUGAGGCAGUUUCUCUGCUCCGACCGGCCUCAGACAGAAACCAUGGCGCGAGACAGAACAGAAAGGACAGAGCAAAAAUGGGCCGCGUGUCCACACAUACACACGCGCUUAUGCCCCCGUAAAUUACCUGUCCACAAUACAAACACACCCUGCCCAGAGCCCGACGACCGGCCCCGAAGAAACUCAAUCAUCGAAACGCACUGCGCAACACCCACGCGUCGGUCGCUCGCAGAGGCCGCCAGCGGGACGCGAAUCAGCAGCAUGAUAGCCGCCGUCUGGCGUCUGCUGGCAUCAGAUGCGCCUGCUCCGAUGUGCUUUACGGAGCCGCGCGCGCCCCAUGGGGCAACGGUGCCCAGUGCGGGCAUCUGCGAUCUCGCGCUUUUCUUUUAA